CCGCUGCAGCUCCUUUGUGAGCUCCUACUCCCGGGAUCUGUAAAACCGCCAAAACAGCGUAAAUCAGCUGUUUUGGCGGCUGGAACUUCCCCCUCGGGCAAAGAUUGAUUUUUACGCCGGCAGAACAAAACAGGAGAGCUUCUCGCAAGUAUUUUUCUUCCUUUAACUCUGAUGAAUAAUGAGUCCUUUCAGAUUCGAGUGAAAGUUUUAAAGAGAUCCAAAAUGGCGCUGACUGAGAACGGAAGCUUAAGAAGAAAGUGAUUGUUAAAGCUUGUUUGCGCUUGUUAAGGUCGUUAUAGCUGUCAGUACUUUGAAGCUUUGCUGAAUGAAGUUUGCAGCAUAAGAAAAGAUGGCAGAGGCAAAGAUUUUUGAAGAGAAUGGAGGUUUCUCAGCACAUAAUUCAGCAAGUACACAAAUACUGACAGUGGAUUUUUUGGAAGCAUGGCAAACAUCAUUUAUGGAAAGACUGGAUGAGAUCUUUGAGAAGUUUAUUACUCAAAUUGAUAACAAAGUUGCAAUGUUAAAAGAGGAGGAAGAACAAAAAGCCCCUGAGGAACAUGGAAAGGAUGUUUUCCAAACUAUGAAUAAACUGAUGGGCUUGAAGGAAGUUAAUCCGGAGAUAUGGAGAGAGAUCUAUCCAGAGGUUUUGAUGCAGAUGAGAGGAAAAGUGCUGGGAGAAGCUUGGAUUUUCAAGAUACCAAGAAGGAUUAGAAAUGGAACAUUACAAUUUCUUUAUAAAAAUGGACUUUUAAUCCUAAUUAAAGAGGAGUGUUGCUUAAAAGGAAUUACUUUGCGAGAUGCACAGGAUUGGAAGAUAAAAUUACAGUUAAAUACACAAAAGCUUGUAAAAAUAAAAGAUGGUGGAAUAAAGGGGAAGAAGAAGGCUCGGAAAAAAACCAGGGGGAAAUGGAAGUGGAAGAAUUUUAUUCCUCUUUGUUAGGCAGGAUAACAUGGUGAAUGAUUGUAUUGGUAUUCAAGAUUUUUAUUAAGGAUACGAUUUGUUUGGUUUUUGACUAGAUCAAAAUGUUAUACAAGGUCCCUAUUAACAGGAGAUCCCCAGAUCUGUUCACAAAAUCACAUUUUAAGGGAUUUCUAAUGGCUGGGACUAAUCUCCACUUGAUGGCAAUUAAUGCCUGUUUCUAGAAAUGGGUAGUACCAACAUCUGUCCAGAAGGAGGCAGUAGUGCACCCCUACCUCUCAAGAUACUCUCCAUGGAUUCAAUCACGGUCAACAACUUUUAAACACUGUCCAACAUUUUAGGACAAUUUCCUGAGAGCAUGUACAGAUACUGAAAAAUGCACCAUGUGCCCAGAUGAUCAAUAUCCAACCAAGAACCGAGUCCAGUGUAUCCCCAAAAGAAUAACCUUCCUGUCCUAUGAAGAACAUCUGGGCAUCAUCCUGGUCUCCUUUGCCCUACUCUUGUUUCUAACCACAGGUUUUGUUUUAAUCAUCUUCAUAAAAUACCUAGAAUCUCCCAUUGUCAAAGCCAACAACCGGGACCUCUCCUACAUCCUCCUGGUCUCCCUCAUGCUUUGCUUCUUGUCUCCUUUUCUCUUCAUUGGUCAGCCAAGGAAAGCCACCUGCCUUCUCCGACAAACGGUUUUCAGCCUCAUCUUCUCAGUUGCCAUUUCUUCUCUCUUGGCCAAAACCAUCACGGUGGUGCUGGCUUUCUUGGCCACAAAACCAGGAAACCGAGUGCAGAGAUGGUUGGGGAAGAGCUUGGCCAACUCCAUCAUCCUUUCUGGUUCUGCUGGCCAAAUUUUCAUCUGUGCAUUAUGGUUGGGAAUUUCUCCCCCAUUCCCUGACUCUGACCUCCACUCCCAGCCUGGAGAGAUUGUCCUGCAAUGCAACGAAGGCUUAGUUGUUAUGUUCUACGUCACCCUCAGCUACAUGGGCUUCCUAGCUGCCAUUUGCUUCAUGGUGGCUUUCCUGGCCAGGAACCUGCCUGGGGCCUUCAAUGAAGCCAAGCUGAUCACCUUCAGCAUGCUGGUCUUCUGCAGCGUCUGGGUCUCCUUUCUUCCCAUCUACCUGAGCACCAAAGGAAAGUCCAUGGUGGCCGUGCAGGUCUUCUCCAUCUUGGCCUCCAGUGCUGGGCUGCUGGGCUGCAUCUUCUUCCCCAAGUGCUACAUUAUCAUCCUGAGACCAGAUCUAAAUACCAAGGAACACCUAAUGAUAAAAGUAGAGAACUGAUAGAGAAUUGGUUUCUUAGGCUCAUAAUGUUUCAUUUUUCAUUGCAGUUACUAUUCGACUUGUAUGCUUCCUUUGCAUCAUUGACAAUUGAGAUGAUUUGAAACCAAAGGAAAUAAACAUACGAACAGUGUAAGACUAAUGAAA